AUGAGAAAUAAGCAAGAUCUAUUAAAUUCGUGAGGAGAAGAUUUUUGAAAAAGGCAUUUUGGAGUGUUUAACUUUUUAAGAUGAUGCUUUUUUAAAAGCAUUGAUAUGCUCGAUGAUAAGUUCAGAAACCCUGAAUUAACCAUGAUUUUGGCUGGGAUAUUUUUAAUUAAUAUAAAUUUAAAUGUCCUAGGGAGUGUUAGCCUAGGAGAGCUUUGCUAUGAAUAUCAAGAAGUAAUAAGAAAAUCAGGAACUUGUAAGUCAAAUGCCAGCAGCUUUAAGUUUGAGAAAUCCAUUUUCAAUGUACGUCAACUGGUUUUAUAUUUUAUACUUUGUUGGAAAUCUCAAAUCUUCACCGUUUGCGCUGACUGUGAUAUGUGCAUCAGCUCAUGCAUAUGAUACGAUUAUUAAACUAAUUGAUACAUCGUUUUGCCCAACUCGUUCGACUGAGUCUGAUAGAUGAUAUUCUCAAAUUUUUAUCUGAGCUGUCUAUAGAUCUUUUAUGAACUGCUGAGCUUUAUUUUAUUGGCUUGCUAUUGUGAUGUUGCCUAAAAGACUUAGCAAAAAAUUUCAAUUAAGUGAACUGAUUAAUUUGAAUAAUUCUGCAUGCAAAAUUCUAUUUUGUAAAAGAGCAAAAAAAACAAAGGAAAUUUUGACGACUCCUUUCAAAAUACCAUUCAGAAUUCGAGCAUCAGCGUUUUUUUCAAUUUUUGCAACAAUUGUGGAUGCUUGUGGUGUAAUUUAUAUGCAGUAUACCUUAUUUUCUUAUUCAAUAAUUUACUUAACUGAUGAUUUAAGAUCUUACAGGGAUUACUUGACAACUCAGCCCGGAAAUGACAUAUUCAUCGCGCUAUUUUUAAAAGAAACACACAUUGUUACAGUUUCAGAAGGAAUCGAUUUUCUCGGCCUUGUAAUAAAAUGCUUAGAGCCUAUUUUUCCAUGCAUUGUUGUCUCUAUUGCUAUUGGAUCAAUUUUGACACUGUAUUCCAUAGGCCUAAUGCUUUUUAGAUAUAAGCAAUAUAUGCUAAUAAUUGUUAAUGAGCCAGAAAACAGAGAUUUUUUGAAGCGAGUUUGACGAUUUCCAAGUUAUUUAGCUAUAUUUUUCCCUUGUAACCACUAUAUAGCUCAAUUUGUAACGAACACGCUUUUUCUCCACAUGACUUUUUCAAUCGUGCUAUGUAGCUUCAUUUAUGCAUUCACACUAUUUUUUAUGAUUAUUGACAUUUCUUCAUACUUUAUGAAUAAACCUUUGGAAUUUUGACUAGCUCUAGUGUUUUUAUUUUGAGGGUAACAUUAAUAUAGGCUGCUUUAUUUUCCCCAUCUAGUUGAAAAGGACGGAACAGUGAAAAAUAAAAAAUAUUUUUGUCUUUGGGAUAGUUGAUUUUUAUUCGCUGGAUUUACCAGUUCGGCUCUUAUAGGUUUUUUUAAUCCCCCAUUGAGCGAACAAAGCCAUUGAAAAAUUCUAUUUUUAUAGUAAAAAAAAGAUCUGUGAGCGAGUAAAAAGCUUUUUAGUAUAAAAAUAUUUUCAAUAUAAGCGAUAAUUAUUAUAAUGAAAUCUCUAGCUAACUAAACGGCUUGCAUUUUUAAACAUAAGUUUUACAAAUUAAUUUCGAAUUUUUACGAAUUAUAUGCAAUUUUUUUUUUAAAAAAAUUAACUCCUCCAUAAGCGAACAAAAUAUUUUUGUUCGCUCAUGGUGGUUAGGUACUUUUUCGGGGCAGGGAUUGCUUUAUUUCUGGGUUUUAGGGCUCACAUUAGUAAUAUGGCACCUCCAUUUGAUCGAUUGGAUGCACUUUAUCGAAGUUUUUACGGAUCGAUUACCCUGUAUUGCAUAAUUCUAGGAAUUAUGCCAACAAAUGAUGAGUUAUUAGAGAUAGCAAAUGCCGCAAGAGAUAAAGGCCCAGCGAAAAUAAUUUUUUAA